AUGAAUAAUCGAUGUGAUAAGAUUAGUUAUAAAUCAACAGCAACACCAAAUGUAAUAAACAUGAAUAGUGGGGUCAAAAUGCAUUAUUCGCCACCUUUACUCGUUUCUUCGUCUUCUUCGGAAAGUAGCAGCGAUUAUGAAGAAGAGGAAGAGGCAGAAGGGAUUCCUUUAAGAGAAAUUCAAAACGUAAAAAAUCAACUAAACCUAUUCCCGGUUCCAUCCACUCCCGAAAGUUAUGUCCAAAAGAAUCCUUUCAACGCAACUGACGGACGCGUUAAACGUCCCUCAAAUUGCUUUAUAAUUUUCAGAAAGAUAGCCCAUGACCAAAAAAAGUCCAACAAACAAUUGGAAGUUUAUAAUGAAAGGGACUUUAGUAAGAUAUUAGGAAUAAUUUGGAAAAGCUUAGAAAAACGGCAAGUACAAAUGUACAAGACUUUUGCUGAUUCCGUAGCAAAUCUUCACACCACAAGAAAUCCUAAUUACAAAUAUCGCCCGAAAAGAAAUCGUGCCGCUUGGAAGCAUGGUAUUCCUCACUUUGGACAAUUCGGCGCCAAUGACAACCACAACUAUAACAAUUGCGUCAACGAUGUUUACUUAUAUUUAAACUACGAACAUAGCAAUGACGGUAUCAAUAACAUCGACGAUAACAGCAAUAAUAACUUUGGUUCCUAUGUGAUCAAUUAUGGUUAUACACCUUAUUACGAAACGCCUUAUACUUUACGGUCUAACGAAAGCAACAGUAAUGUUGGUAAUAAAAGUACUCUUUUCAAUGAAAACAACAAUAAUAAUAUCGAAGAUAAUUUUAUUAUUAAUACUACCGUCAGUAAUAAUUUAGAUUACAACCUUAAUGUUAAUGCAACAUCCUCGAACAUUCCACAAUUUAUAUAUUUACUCUCGUUAUAA